AUGAAGGAGAUCGGUGAGUGGUGUAGGGUUAAUCAUGAAGAGAGCGAUGGGUUUAGAAUUGUUAGAGAGAAGGGCACUGAACGUAAUGGAUUGUUGAAUGAGGGUGGGGAUGGUAUACUGUGUGAUAAGAUGGGUGCUGAUGAUGCAGGAAGCGGUAGAGGUGAUGGUGUAGUUCAUGAUAUUACGAGUGAUAAAAGCAUUGUUCCUGGUACUGCACCUAUCAGCAGUACCACUGCUGCUAGAGACACAGGCAGUGCUCUGUUUGAUAAUAUGAUAAUUUCACAACUGUUUGAUAAUGACGACCUUUCAUCCCUGGAACAUAUCGAGUAUAGCAUACUUAAGAAGCAAUCACCGACCAAAAUGUUGGCCCGUUUGCGAUUGUUUGUAAGCAAGUUGAAGAGCAUGACAGAGAUGAUAGAAAUACGGCUAGAGAAUAAUUUUGUGAAUCAUAUAGUGUAUAAUUAA